AACACGUUUUCAUAUUUUUGGAAACGGAAAGAAAGAAGCGUGGAGACAGGCGAUGGGAGUUUGUGUGCUGAAUGUUACCGAUAUAUAGUAAAUACAACUCUGCGUUGUCUAACUGCCAUAUUCAAGUAUUUCAGUCACCACCAGAACGAUUGACAGAAUGCCUCGAGUGAAUCUCAUGUGAGAUUCGCCUUUUUACUAAACGAUGGUAACAUUUCACAUGGACAGCUGUAGUUGUUAUAGCUUCUACCGAGAAUAGGGUCUACACAUAACCUAGCUAUCUACAUACAAUGGGCAGAGCCUAUCAGCUAUGCAACAUUUGUUGUGAUUUGCUUUGAGUCAUAAUGUUGCCAUGCACUUGGGGAUUGUGGAGAAGCGCUAUACACACCCUCAAGACAUUCAGAGCAUCUCCAUCAGCGAGGGGCCUGUGUAUCCCGACCAGAGCGGUAUGCGAUGCUGAGACCAUCUUUGCCCUGUCGUCGGGCCACGGCAGGUGUGGUGUGGCGGUGGUCCGUGUCAGUGGUCCUGCCUCCUCCAUGGUCCUGAGAAACAUGGCAGGUCUGACCCAGGCUCUACCCCCUCGUACCGCCCUGCUACGGAGGAUCACUGACCCCCAGUCCAAAGAGCUGCUGGACCGAGGACUGGUCCUCUGGUUCAAAGGUCCCCACAGCUUCACAGGGGAAGACAGUGCAGAGUUCCAUAUUCACGGAGGUCCUGCAGUCAUCACAGCUGUCUUACAAGCCCUAGGAAGCCUUGAGGGUGUGAGGCCUGCGGAGGCAGGGGAGUUCACGCGGAGGGCCUUCCACGCGGGGAAACUGGGCUUGACGGAGGUGGAGGGCCUGGGGGACCUGAUCCACGCUGAGACUGAGGCCCAGAGGAGGCAGGCCCUCAGGCAGAUGGAUGGGGAGCUGGGCCGUCUCUACCAGGACUGGAGUUACAGGCUCAAACGGUGUUUGGCUCACGUGGAAGCCUUCAUAGACUUCAGUGAAGAUGAGCUCAUCGAGGACGGGGUGUUAAAUCAAGUGGACAGUUCAGUGUGCCAGCUGGAGACAGAGAUAGAGAGACACCUAAAGGAUGAGAGGAGAGGAGAGCGGCUGCGCACUGGAGUACAGGUGGUCAUAGCAGGAGCUACCAACGCUGGGAAGAGCAGUCUGCUCAACACACUCUGCCAGCGUCCAGCAGCCAUCGUGUCCCCCAUCGCGGGCACCACCAGGGACAUUGUGGAAACCUCUCUGGACAUUGGGGGCUUCCCUGUCCUCCUGAGUGACACCGCAGGGCUCAGAGACUCCUCAGACAGCGUGGAGAGAGAGGGGGUCCGCAGAGCCCGCCAGAGGGUGGAGCAGGCUGAUCUGACCCUAGUAGUGGUGGACUCCACCCAGCUACCCCCAGACCCUCAGCUAGUACCAGCCUUCCUCCAGGAGCACCUCAGCACUGUGCUGCCCAGCCUCAGCCCUAAGGCCGGCAUGAAGGCUGCCUCAGACAGGGUCCUGCUGGUGCUCAACAAGAGUGAUCUGGUACCUGAGGAGCAGAGGGAGAGAACAGAGGGAGAGCUGAGAGAGAGCCCGGGUCUCCCUCCUGCAUGUUUUCUGUCCUGCUAUACCAGUACAGGGCUGGAGGAUUUCCUCACUGUGCUGCAGAGCCGGGUCAAGACUCUGUGUGGUGACCCUCUGAGCGGAGCUCCCAGUCUGACCCAGGCUCGUCACAGAGCCCACCUCCAGCAGAGUGUCCAGGCCCUGAACCAGUACCACCAGUAUAGAGACCAGGACCUGGCCCUGGCCGCAGAGGGGGUCCGCCUCGCCCUCACCCACCUGGGACGCAUUACAGGACGGGUCGGAGCCGAAGAGAUCCUGGACAUCAUAUUCAGAGACUUCUGUAUAGGGAAAUAAAUGGUUGAACAUGGAUACAUGUCAUGCAGAAAGGACACCCUCACACUAGAUCAUGUGACAGGGUGGAACACUAACACAGACUUUAAAUGUAGUUACUCUAGCAAUAUACCAAAAUGUAACUUGUGUAUUUCAUUGUUCGUCCUGAUCAUUUGAACUGGUAGAUCUCAACUCUAGCCACAGCCAGACUGAAGAAGUGUAAACAUCUUAGCAGAUCAUCUGUGACUCUCUACUGAGUCACUGUUUGAGUCAUCAUCGCUCUGUGUUCUGUGGGAAAGAAACGGUUUGGUGGGCAAUCAUCUUUGUUCUGUCGGAAAGAAACGGUUUUGGUAGGCGAUCAUCUUUGUUCUGUGGGAAAGAAACGGUUUUGGUAGGCGAUCAUCUUUGUUCUGUGGGAAAGAAACAGUUUUGGUAGGCGAUCAUCUUUGUUCUGUGGGAAAGAAACGGUUUUGGUAGGCGAUCAUCUUUGUUCUGUGGAAAGAAACGGUUUUGGUAGGCGAUCAUCUUUGUUCUGUGGAAAGAAACAGUUUUGGUAGGCGAUCAUCUUUGUUCUGUGGGAAAGAAACGGUUUUGGUAGGCGAUCAUCUUCGUUCUGUGGAAAGAAACGGUUUUGGUAGGCGAUCAUCUUUGUUCUGUCGGAAAGAAACGGUUUUGGUAGGCGAUCAUCUUUGUUCUGUGGGAAAGAAACAGUUUUGGUAGGCGAUCAUCUUUGUUCUGUGGGAAAGAAACAGUUUUGGUAGGCGAUCAUCUUUGUUCUGUGGGAAAGAAACAGUUUUGGUAGGCGAUCAUCUUUGUUCUGUGGGAAAGAAACAGUUUUGGUAGGCGAUCAUCUUUGUUCUGUGGGAAAGAAACAGUUUUGGUAGGCGAUCAUCUUUGUUCUGUCGGAAAGAAACAGUUUUGGUAGGCGAUCAUCUUUGUUCUGUCGGAAAGAAACAGUUUUGGUAGGCGAUCAUCUUUGUUCUGUGGAAAGAAACAGUUUUGGUAGGCGAUCAUCUUUGUUCUGUCGGAAAGAAACAGUUUUGGUAGGCGAUCAUCUUUGUUCUGUGGGAAAGAAACGGUUUGGUAGGCGAUCAUCUUUGUUCUGUGGGAAAGAAACGGUUUGGUGGGUGAUCAGUGAAUUUUAUUUGGGCAAAAGACAUACAACACAAUGUGUACCCAGAGGAUAGCACUUAAAAGUAUUAAUGAAAACACUUGUUUCCAAAGUGGUCCUCUUGUAAACCAUAUAGAACAUAUAAUAAUUAAAAGACACGACAAAAUUACAAACAAACACGUUACAUUAAAUCAAAUUGACAUCCUAAAAAGUGGUACUUUAACUCUAAACUAAAAAAUCCAACCUAAUUCAUUGCACAUCAUUCCUAUCUGUUACAAAAUAGAACCUGACCAGCAGUAGAAGUAAUGAAGGGGGUACUGGAGUGGUUUCUCUUAGACAACCUGGUCCAAAUGAAACCCUUUGCCUGCUUUUUAAAGCUAUUUCUGUUAUCCGUUGGCUUGAUCUCUAAGGGAAGGCUAUUCCAUAGGCAAAUGCCUGUAUAGAAAAACGUGUUCUUCACAUUACUGUUUAGUCUUGGGACAUAACACUAGCUCUGGUACUGUAACUGUGCUGGUUAUAGACCAUGUCAAUGUGGUUUAACUGUGCUGGUUAUAGACCAUAUCAAUGUGGUUUAACUGUGCUGGUUAUAGACCCUGUCAAUGUGGUUUAACUGUGCUGGUUAUAGACCAUAUCAAUGUGGUUUAACUGUGCUGGUUAUAGACCAUAUCAAUGUGGUUUAACUGUGCUGGUUAUAGACCCUGUCAAUGUGGUUUAACUGUGCUGGUUAUAGACCAUGUCAAUGUGGUUUAACUGUGCUGGUUAUAGACCAUAUCAAUGUGGUUUAACUGUGCUGGUUAUAGACCCUGUCAAUGUGGUUUAACUGUGCUGGUUAUAGACCCUGUCAAUGUGGUUUGUCAUAUAACCAGGGGCUGGGGCACAAUCAUUUAUUAUGUCAAACAGAUGUUUAAGUUGGUCCACUCUGGACAACAAGCCCACCUCCCAGAACUCCUGUACCCCUCUGUGGGUAGUGGGAGGGACAUUCAGCAUAACAUUCUUUUCUUCAGCUUUGUUGAUAGCCCACUACACCAGGCAGAAACGUUUCUUCAUUUUGAUGUUAAAGGAUCUAGUGUUACGAUAUAGAAAUGGCAUUUGUUAGCUGCUAAAAUCCUUUCUAAACAGCAAUCUAAUCUCCAGAUAUAGAUGGAUCACGCUCUGUGAUCUGUGGGAAAGAGACGGUUUGGUAGGUGAUCAUCUCUGUGAUCUGUGGGAAAUAAACUGUUUGGUAGGUGAUCAUCUCUGUGUUCUGUGGGAAAUAAACUGUUUGGUAGGUGAUCAUCUCUGUGUUCUGUGGGAAAUAAACUGUUUGGUACGUGAUCAUCUCUGUGUUCUGUGGGAAAUAACCUGUUUGGUAGGUGAUCAUCUCUGUGUUCUGUGGGAAAUAAACUGUUUGGUAAGCGAUAA